AUGGCCGAGGACGAACUAAAUGGAAAGGAUAAAGAGAAGGAAAAGGAAAAGCCUGCAUACGAUGCUGCGGCGGAAUUUGCCAAACUCGUUUCAUCUCGUUCGGGGGGCGUGUAUAUUCCUCCGUCGCGUCUUCGCGCACUGCAGGCUGAGGCGGCGAAGGACAAGUCGGGUGCGGAAUAUCAACGACUUUCAUGGGAUGCGCUGCGCAAGUCGAUCACGGGUAUUGUCAACAGAGUAAACAUCUCGAACAUCAAAGAUAUUGUACCGGAGCUGUUCUCUGAAAACCUCAUUCGUGGACGUGGUCUGUUCUGUCGUAGUAUCGUGAAAGCGCAGGCAUCCAGUUUGCCAUUCACUCCUGUGUUUGCAGCGCUUGUCGCUAUCAUCAACACGAAGCUGCCUCAGAUCGGAGAAUUACUUCUGACUCGACUCAUUAGUCAAUUCAGAAGAGCAUUCAAGCGAAAUGACAAGAUCCUGUGUAACUCGACCACCACUUUCAUCGCCCACCUCGUCAAUCAAGCUGUUGCGCACGAGAUCAUCGCUCUGCAAAUUUUGGUUUUACUCCUUGAACGACCAACGGACGACUCAAUUGAGAUCGCAGUUGGGUUCAUGCGCGAAGUGGGUGCCUACCUUGCGGAGAACUCGCCUAAAGCAAACGCAUCGGUUUACGAACGCUUUCGGGCGGUGCUAAAUGAAGGCACCAUCUCGCAACGUGUACAGUAUAUGAUUGAAGUGUUGAUGCAAGUACGAAAAGACAAGUACAAGGAUAACCCAAUUGUCCCAGAAGGCUUGGACCUCGUUUUGGAAGAAGAGCAGAUUACUCAUCAAAUUGGGCUUGAUGACGAGUUACAGGUGCAAGAAGGCUUGAAUAUCUUCAAGUUUGAUCCAAACUACCUUGAAAAUGAGGAGAAAUAUAAGGAGAUUAAGGCUGAGAUUCUCGGAGAAGAUUCCGAUGAGGAGGGAUCGGAGGAUGAUAGCGAAGAAGAGAGUGACGAAGAGGAAGCCGUGGAAGAAAAAGAGGGUAUUGAGGAUCAAACCUCUACAAAUCUUGUCAACCUUCGCCGAACGAUCUACUUGACAAUUAUGAACGCACUUAACUACGAAGAAGCCGUUCACAAAUUGCUCAAAGUCCAGAUUAAUGAAGGCGAGGAGAUCGAGUUGAUGAAAAUGGUGAUUGAAUGUUGCUCACAAGAGCGGUCGUAUUCAAAGUUUUAUGGUCUUAUUGGAGAGCGCUUCAGCAAACUGAAUCGCGUAUGGAUGGAUGCACUCGAGCAAGCCUUCCGUGACUACUACGAUACAAUCCAUCGUUACGAAACCAACCGUCUCCGCAACAUCGCUCGGUUCUUUGGGCACAUUCUUGCUACCGAUGCGAUCUCGUGGGCAGCGCUCGAUGUCAUCAAAAUGAAUGAGGACGACACGACUAGCAGUAGCCGUAUCUUUGUGAAAAUUAUGUUCCAGGAGAUAGUUGAGGCGAUGGGCAUCAAAACUGUUGCGGAACGAUUCAAAGACCCCGAAGUGAAGAGAUUCUGCGAGGGCAUGUUCCCUAUGGACAACCCUAAGAACACACGUUUCUCUAUCAAUUAUUUUACGAGUAUCGGGUUGGGUGUUGUUACAGAAGAGAUGCGUGAACACCUAAAGGUACGUUAA